AUGACAAGUAUUCAAACGACAAUUCCAUUUAAUAUACGGAAAAAAAGUUCAUUUUAUGGAACUAAAAAUAAUGUAACGAAAGAAGAUUUUAGCAAUGCAACUGCCAGAGACUCAUCUUAUAAAUAUACACCGAUUGUGAAGAAGAUUAUUACUUUAAGUAGUAGCGAAUCAGACUCAGACUCAGAUAUAGAAAAUGCAAAAAUUAGUGGCAAUGCUAUAAGUGUGAAAACUCCUCAAUGUAUGAGAAAAUCAACUGAAUCUGAUGAAGAUCAUAGCUGCACACCUCCAAAACAAAGAAAGAUAAAUAAAUCAUAUACGUUAACAUCUCCAACUACACCUUCUAUUCUUUUUGAUAAAUUAAAUUUGGCAUCUAAUAAUAAAAAGGAUCAAUCACCUAAUAAUAAAAAGGAAAGAUUGGCACCAAAAAAAUUAUUUGACUCAGAAAGAUAUCGCAAUGCUCGCAGAGCUUUGCAUAGUUCAAUACCUGAAACUUUACCUGGUAGAGAAAAUGAGUUACAAAAGUUACAAGAGUUUAUGGAAGAGCAUUUAAAAAAUGAGACAUCAGGUUCCUUAUAUGUAUCAGGGCCACCUGGUACUGGAAAAACUGCAUGCCUUUCAAAGCUUAUAUUAAAGACUGAGUUUAAGUCAAAAUUAAAAGUAGUCUAUAUUAACUGUACAACUAUGAAAUCUGCUGCUACAAUUUAUGCAAAAAUUAUACAAGAGUUAGGUUUAUCUGCAUCAAAAUCUGGAAGAAACAGUAAAGCAGUUGUUGAAAAAUAUCUAAGCUCUAAUCACAAAAUGUUGCUACUAAUUUUAGAUGAAAUAGAUCAAUUAGAAAGUAGAAAACAAUCUGUUUUAUAUUCUAUCUUUGAAUGGCCAUCAAUACAUAAUUCGAAAUUAAUUUUAGUUGGAAUUGCCAAUGCUUUAGAUUUAACAAAUAGGAUGUUGCCUAGAUUACAAGCUAGGUGUGAAUUGAAACCAGAGUUGAUGCAUUUUUCAUCAUAUACAAAACAGGAAAUAUGUAAUAUAAUAUCUGAGAGGUUAAAUGAAGCAAACGCGUCUGAUUUGUUUACUAAGACUGCGAUACAAAUGUUAUCUGGAAAAGUUGCUGCUGUUUCUGGUGAUGUUAGAAGAGCAUUGGAUAUCAGUAGAAGAGUAAUAGAGCUUGCUGAAUCUUAUAAAUUGGCACAAGUUUUACAACCAACUAGUAAUAAUGAAAUCAAUGUAUCUAAGAAACAACAAUCUACAGUGGACCAUUCAGUAGAUCUAAAAGAAGUUAUGACCGUUUUAAAUGGUGUUUAUGGUGGAUCUCAAAAUAUUGAAAAGGAAGAAAGUACAUUUCCAUUACAACAAAAAUUGCUAUUAUGUUCUUUUUUACUUAUUCUAAAUAAGGGACGAAAUAAAGAUGUGUCAGUAGGAAGAUUGCAUGAAGUAUAUAAAAAAGUUUGCAAUAAACGAAAUAUUCAUGCUGUUGAUGGUUCUGAAUUUUACAAUUUAUGUUCAUUGAUUGAAACUAGAGGAAUUUUAAAAUUAACGAGGAAAAAAGAACCUCGUUUGACAAAAAUAAAUUUGGAAUGGGAUCAAGAAGAGCUGAAUGUAGCUUUACAAGAUAAAAAUAUGAUGGCAGAGAUCAUUAAUGAUAUAACUUAGUUAACAAAGUUGACGCCGUAAAUUUAUUUAAAAUGAACUCUUCGACGAGAUGGUUGAGAAACAGAUGUCGCUACAUGCUUUCUACAAAACUGCCAUCUACUGGCAAAUGGUAA